UUUUGAUUUCGGGAUCUAAAAUAAGAGAUUCUUUGAGGGUAAAAGUUAGGGUUACGAGGAGGAGGAGGAGGACGAUGGAGGCAACGGGGGAUGAAGGGCUGCUGAAGACGAUUCGACCACCGAGGCUCGAAGAUGCAGGUUUGGAGGACUGCGCUCUCUCCGAUGAAUCCAUCAAAGAAGCAUUCCUUAAGGCUGCCAACUCUAUCCGCUCUCGGGCUUCCUCUAUCCUCAUCACCACUGCUGAGGACGAAGAAGACGAUUCCAAAAGCUGUAUUCAGGACCCUGGCCCAAGCGAUGGCAAGCUGUCGGAUACGCUGGUAGGGAUAUCACCGGAAGCAGAGCCACCGGGACCUUGUGGCAAUGAGAAAGGCGGUGGGUUGCCACAAUCAUUGGGGGCUGACGUCGUCGUCGCCGGUGUGGCUGAUUCGUUGAGUGAUGAGGAAGGUCGCCACAGUGACAGCAGAGUAUUGGGAGCGGAGAUACCUGAUGGGGGGAAGGCAUGUGUGGAUGAGUUACAGGGUCUCAAGAUCAAGGAAGAUGUCGAUCAUAAGGAUUACGAUGAUGAGCAAGAUAACAGGGACGAAGGCCCCAUCUUAGCUGAAACUUAUGUAUGAGCUUCGAUCAGUAAGACAGCAAAGUAUUGCGUUACCGUUUUUUCCCCUUGUUUCUUGUUAUUAUU